AUGGGGGACCACAUCACGCAAAAGUUCCGGGCGCUGUUCGUCAAGGCGAACGACACCUUAGGGAGAUGGACGGCGACUCAGUCGCGCGCGAGCGCGCUCGUCGUGUCGGCCGCGAUGGUCAUCGAGAGGCUGCCGGAGCUGGCCGACGACCAGAGAUUCGGGCCAUUGAAGGAGAGGUUCCCCACGCUGCCCCAGGCGACGAGGGAAGCGCAGGCGGUCGCGCUGGACAGGGUCAUGACCAACCUGCGCGAGGAGAUCGAAUACUUUGACGAGCUGGUGAAGGAGCUGGACAGGCUGCAGCGCAACGCGGCGUCGCUCCUCGGAGGCAUGGACCCGCCCCCCCCGGGCGGUGGCGGGUUGAGGCGGGGGCCCACGCCCGCGGUGGCCGAGUGCGUGCUGGGCCUGAGGGACCUGUGGAGGAUCCACCGCGACGAGCUCGCGAUCAAGCGCGCGCUGGUGGACGAGCUCACGUGCGACGCGCUCAUGUCCGACCUGGAGGAGGUCAAGGCGCUCUUCGCCGCCGAGCCCAACCUGGAUCCCGACGCGGUCAGGAGGCUGGUGGACUCCAUCUUGGACGCGACGCCGGACCCCCAGGCCAGACGACGGCAGUGA